GCUAGGGGGUUCUAGGGUCUCUAGAUUACCAUUUCCUGCCAUUGUGGUUCUUCAUGGGUGGGUUCACUGGGCUGAAACAGGGUUUUCUCUCAUCCAAAAGGACAUGGUUGUUUGGCGAGAUUCCAAUAAUGACUAAAACACAUGAGUUUUAAGUGCUUUAAAAAAAACAAGCACUCUACAGCAAAGAAGAAAAAUGAAAAAACAACUAACUAAUUAAUUAAAAUAGAAAAGAAAAUCUAAAUAUUUGAGCAAGAUUGGGGCGAAUAUUGUUGGGUGCUGGCAAGGAAAGAAACCAGCAUUUGGUGGAAGUGGCGCUAAAUGCUUCUUUCUCCAAAGUGCACAAUCCUGUUCGAGAUGAUGAGUUGGCCAGUGACAGAGCAGCAGAAACAACGAGAGGGUGGGUGUGUGUGGGUGGAAGAGGUCGGAGAGGUGAUGUGAGGGAUUAAGGUGUGUGCACGGUCACAAAUGCGUGUGCAUGUGCCCAUUGUUACCAGACACUAGCAGUUGGUCCUCUCGUCAGAAGCAGAGAAACAACUAUUCAUUCUAGGACACAGCUUAGUCCUGUCACAGAGGCAAAUCGUGACCUGGAGUGGACUACUGUGACCAUUACAUACGCCUCAUUCCAAAGGAUGAGCAACUUCAAGACUUAUUUCACCAAACAACUUCAGACCUUGGGGAGUCGUUCAUUCCCUUACAAUAUUGAUCGCCAAGAUGAAAACACACGCAAGGACAGUCAUCCAUGCAAGACAACGGGGAUUCCUCUUGCCAGAAAGCUCUGCUAUGCCAUGGGAGGUGUGCCGUAUCAGAUUACUACUGUUACCAUGAGCUUCUCCUGGCAGAUCUUCCUGCUGGAUGUUGUACGGAUAAAGGCCUUCUACGUGUCACUGAUCCUGUUUGUGAGUCGGGCCUGGGAUGCUUUGACCGACCCCCUAGUGGGGUACCUGCUGAGCCACAGCUCUCUGACACCAAUUGGCAAAUUCAUGCCAUGGAUUGUUCUCUCCAUGCCUUUUGGGGUCUUCUCCUAUGUCCUGAUGUGGUUUAUGCCCCAAGGCUCCAUGUCUGAAGCAUUCAGUGUUUCCUGGUACCUCAUGGCAAGCUGCCUAUUUCAUACUCUCAUGACUUGUUUUCAUGUGCCGUACCUUUCACUGAGCAUGUUCUUGGGUGGAACACAGAGAGACAGAGACUCAGCCACAGCCUACAGGAUGAGCGUGGAGAUGCUGGCCAUGCUGGUGGCCUCUGUGAUUCAGGGUCAGGUUGUGGUUGUGUACAACACGGAGAGGGACGGGGCCUGUCAGCAGCUGGACCAGAGCCAGGCUCACAGCAGUCCCCCAACGCAGGAGAACACGCUACAGGCCACGCGUCAGGCUUUCCUCACAUCAGCGCUUGUCAUGGGAGGACUGUACUUCCUCUGCUGCCUGGUCCUCUUUCUGGGGGUAAAAGAGCAGCAGACUCCCCCCUCUAGUCUGGAAAGAAUACAUCGUUCCUAUCUGUCCAUUCUAAAGCUGCUAGUGUCCCACAUUCCAUUACAACAACUAGUCCUUGGUAUGUUCUUUGCUGCACUUGCCUUCCAGAUGGCUUUGGGGAACUUUGCACUGUUUUGUAUCCAUGUAGCUGGGCUUGGGUCCCAAUUUCAGCACCUUCUCCUUGCUCUGCUGAUUGCAGCAAGUAUAGCUGUUCCACUGUGGCAGGAAAUCCUUGUACGGUUUGGGAAGAAGACCACACUCUUCAUCGGCCUGUCUCUCUUCAUCCCAGCUGUAACAGUCAUAUCUUGUGUUCCCAGUAACCUGCCAGUCUUUGUAAACAUGUGUGUGAUGCUAGGGUUUAGCCUGGCAGCCAUGUUUCUUUUGCCUUGGUCCAUGCUCCCAGAUGUGGUAGAUGACUUUGUUGCGAGAAACCCCUGCUGCAAGGACCUUGAGCCCCUGUUUUUCUCUUGCUAUGCCUUCUGCAGUAAGCUGGGGGGAAGCCUGUCUGUUGGAAUCUCAACCAUGACAUUACACUUUGUGGGGUACCAUGCAAGUGCCUGUGGCCAGAGUGAGAAAGUGGUGGUUGCUCUGAUUGUGUUGUUUUCACCUGUGCCCAUCACCUUGCUACUGGUGGGGUUGGUCUUCUUCUACCGGUACCCAGUCAUGGAGGACUGCCAGACAGAGCCCGGCACAGAGGCUGAAGCGAUAACUUCUGCUAACAAAAGAGAGAAGAUAGAAUUGCUAGGCUGUUUAGGACCGUCAGGACAAGACAAGUCAACCUUAGGAAUUUCCAAUCCGCUGGAGUCCAUUCCCAAUUUCAAAUCCCAGCCAUCUAAGCCUAACUCUAAGCCUAACUCUAAGCCUAACUCUAAGCCUAACUCUAAGCCUAACUCUAAGCCUAACUCUAAGACUAACUCUAAGACUAACUCUAAGCCUAACUCUAAGCCUAACUCUGAUCACCUUUCAUGGUAUACUAGGCCAGAUCAUAAUGACUGCUUACAAAAAUCUGAUUAUCUGAUGUUUAACAAGUCUAAAAGAAAAUCCAAAAUGACAUGGGUCUGAAAAGAAUAAAAGAAAAUGAACAAUGGUGUCAUAACAGUAUAUCUUCUUUAUUUCUUUUGGGCUGUAUUUUCUGGGG